AUGGCUGACAAGGCCUUGGUGCCUAGACUUUCCGCCUGUGAAACCAUGGGAUCUGCAACAACCAUUUGCAGUGACAAGACUGCAACAUUGACACUAAAUCAGAUGACUGUAGUUGAGGCUUAUGUUGGGAAACAGAAGAUGGAUCCUCCUGAAGACGGUGCUCAGUUGCAUGCAACAAUUUCCUCUCUUCUAGACGAGGGACUUGCACAGAACACUUCCGGCAGUGUUUUUCUAUCUAAUGUAUUCUUUUCAUCAGAGGGUGCAAUGGAGGUUUCGGGAUCUCCAACCGAAAAAGCUGUCCUUCAAUGGGGUGUUAAGGUACUUUUAAGUCGUACGAUAGUGUAUCUAUAUUUCCAACUUUUAACAUAA